CAACACAUACGUGAUGAAUACUCGCACGAGUGCCGUGUCCCUUGCGUGUGUAACAUGUGUUCUUAUACUGGCAACAUCAACGGUGACAGGAUUUUUUAUACGUAGGACCGACCCUUGUAGACUGAACCGAUGUCUGAAUGGUGGAAGGUGUCAUGCUCUAUCGGGCAGUGGUUUCUACUGUAGUUGUCCCCGUGGAUAUCACGGUAGCUAUUGUUCCCUUGGCAACGGCAUGUGUGAAUAUCACCAGUGUCACAAUGGCGGCACCUGUGUCGACAUAGGCGGAUGGGCAACGUGUCGCUGCUUCUUUGGUUACUACGGCAGAGACUGCUCAGCCAGUGUGUGUGACGACUUCCGGUGCAAUCAUGGUGGCACAUGCGUAGUGGACUUUGAUUCUCCAAAGUGCCAGUGUCGGGAUAAUCACCAUGGCGACCAUUGUCAAUUCUCCAGCACAUCGUAGUAUUGGUACAGACAUGACGGAAUUGUAUAUACAUAUACACUUCAAUUACCCCAAAUGCAC